AUGUGUAGCAGUGCACGUGAUCAAGGGCAUAAUCAAGAUGAGGCUAUGAGUGCGCAUACUAUAGACAAUAUGAACUCCGAGGUUAGUGUUUCUACAAUAGACGUAGCGUUCCAGAAACUUGCAUCUACACUUCGUGAAGGGUUCAAUCUUCCGAAACCGGAAUUACUCCCAUUUAGCGGCAAGCCAACUGAAUAUUGUAAGUUCGUCAAAAACUUCGAAACUAAUAUCGAAAGUAAAAUUACUUAUGAUAGGCUUAGGUUGAGCUAUUUAAUACAGUACUGUUACGGUGAAGCAAAGUGUUGUAUUGAAGAUUGUGUUUUGUUGGAACCCAGUGAAGGAUACAGGCGCGCACGUGACAUCUUGUUCUCACGUUAUGGAAGGCCGCACGUGAUCGCUAGAACAUAUAUUGAAAAGUUAGUAUACGGUCCACAGAUAGCAGCAUCUGAUACAGACGGACUAUCAAAAUUGGUAUUAGAAAUGCAAAGGUGUGAAAUAACUUUAUCGCAACUAGGAUAUAAUUCGGAUGUAGAUAAUUCUGAAAACUUGAGGCGAAUUGUGAAACGGUUGCCUAUGCAUCUGAGAGUGAAAUGGGUUGAUAUAGCACAUGUAAUUAACAAAUCUGGCAGGGAAGUACAUUUUACCGACUUAGUGAAAUUCGUUGAUGAGAAAUCACGUGUUGCCAGUUCAAUGUAUGGAAUCGAUCUCAUUAAAGAAAAUCGAACAGCGAAGUCAACUUCCGGUAAACCGCACGGUACAAAGCCUGUAAAAGAUGUAACUACAUUGACCACACACAGUAAUUCUGAUCAGAGAAGAAAUGAAAGAAAGUGCCGUUGUUGCCAUGGUAACUGCCUGGAUGUAUCUGUAUGUAGCAAAUUUAAAUCGAUGAGACUAAAUGAGAGAAAAGAACUGGUGGGAAAAUUCAAGUUGUGUUACAACUCUUUGAAAGGCAACCAUUCAUCUAGCAACUGCAGAAAACCAAAGUCAUGUACGGUACCCGGUUGCGAAGUGAAACAUAAUAUGUUGUUACAUAGUUGGAGCAGACCCAAUCCUGAAUCUUCGGCGACAAAGGCUGUGACUUGUGCAUCUGUGAAGAACUCAAAUGUGAAGAACUGUUUAGGAAUUAUACCAGUUAUUGUGAAUGCUGAAAAUGGAAAUUCCUGUCAGACAUACGCUCUGUUAGAUGACGGUGCAUAUAAAACCUUAUGUGAUGAGAGGUUGUUACAGUCUUUGAACGUCACAAGUAAACCUGUUACAUUCAAUAUUUCAACGGUGAACUCAACAAGUAGUACCAUUCACGGACAGGAAAUAGAUCUUACUGUAAUGGCGGUGGACGAAAACAGAAAUGAAGAAGUGACACUUUCCAAGGUGUGGUCAGUGAAGGAGCUUCCAAUCUCAACAAGAUCCGGAGCAGUAAAUGUUGACUUAAAGAAAUUACCCUACUUAUCAGAUAUAGACAUACCCCAAAUUGACACAAACAAUGUUAUGCUACUGAUCGGUACAGAUUCUCCAGCUGCACAUAUUCCACUCGAAGUGCGUUCUGGAAACAGUGAUCAACCGUACGCUGUGCGAUCACAGUUAGGAUGGGCAGUACGUGGUCCAGUUCAAGACACUUGUGCACCUGAUACCGUUAAUGUCCACUUUGAACAAUCCAGAGACGUGUUACUGCAACAGCAACUGGAAAGAAUGUGGAAUACAGAAUUUAAUGAUAGAUCAUUGAAUGAAAAUGAAUCUAUGUCUGUUGAAGACAAACAUGCUCUGCAUAUUGUGGAAUCAUCUCUUACCCAUGAAGAUGGUCACUACAAAAUUGGAUUACCAUGCAGGAAGGAGAAUGCAUCCUUGCCGAACAAUAUAGCUCUUGCCUAA